AUGGCUCCCGUCUCGCAUGGAAGCCCGGCCACCAAUAUGCUCAUGAACUUUGGAGAAGAUGACCGGCUGGGGGUCCCUCAACCUUGCAGCCGGGAGAUGCAGUCGCGAACACUUGUGGGCCUCUGGGGUGAGGAUCCCGAUGAUUCGUGGGUGCAUCCUUUGAAAUCGAGCUUCCUGUUCGUUGUGGGUACGGGCGGGAAGCUUCUUCCAUGUAGCAAUCUAUUUGCCGGGCUUUGCGAAGCCUGGAGCAAGCGGUUCAAGAACUUCAAGAGCCUCAACCUUGUCAUCGAGGCGACAUGGAAUCAGUGGCGUUGUUCGUGGGCAUUUUGCCUCGUGCAUGCCACUGCGGGCAAGAAUGCCCAAGACGGUGACGAGUCACUGUCUGGAUCUCAGGAUGUAUGUGCUCCUUGGGGGAGCCACUGCUGGCAAAUGGGCCGUGAGCUUGGCCUACCUUGUGCUCGUGAGAAGUUCGACGGCCAGCCCGUGUUGCAGGACACUGGCAAGAGCCUCGACUACUUCAACCAGGACCUUGGCUGCCUCGCUGAUUGCACAGGUGAGGGAGCAGGUCAAGAGUACCCGAAAGGGUCCGGGAUAUCCUCUCCCGACCCUUCUUUCUGUGAGGGUGCCGCUCACGAAGCUGACACUUGUGCCCCGAUGCGCAGCCAUGCCCUUGAUCAUCGUGACGGCAAUGGUGGCGAGGGAGCAGGUCGAGAGCGCCCGCGAGGGUCCGAGAUAUCCUCUCCCGACCCUCUUUGUCCUAGCGACAGUGUUGCUUGGGGGAACCGGACCCGUCAACCGAGAAGAAGUGUUCAAGACCCGCUCGAGGGCAAACAGGGGUACCUAGAGGGGCACCGGACCCGAGGACCGAUGAAAAGUGACGAAGAUCCGCAAAUGGACCAAGAUGAGCCAGGCGAGCUCCUCCCCUCUCCUCUUCCUGUAGGCCCCUUUGCUUUCCCUGUGAACUCUGGUGGCACCGCUCUUGUUGGGGAUCACGGUGGACUACAUGCCGAUCUGGCUGCCACGGCCCACGCAGGGGCUGGGCCUGACGUUUGCAGGGACCGGACCCUCCAACCGAGAAGACAUGGUCAAGACCCGCCAAAGGGCAAACAAGGGUAUCUAGAAGGGAGCCGGACCCGAGAACCGACGAAGAGUAGCGAAGAUCCGCCGAAGGACCAAGAUGGCUUGCUGUGUAGGCACCUUAGCCUCCUCAGGCUCCCAGGGUUCUUUGGCGACCGCGCUUGCCAUGGCCACCCGAGCUCGGGACUGGGGGGUUGUGGCGGCCACUCUGUCGAGGACCUGGGCAUGGUUGGAGCCGCUGGUGCUUCACGAUGCUAUGGCCUACAAGGUGAACUUCUGGCUUUUGGCGAUGGGCAGCCAGAUGAUGACGUGAACGACAAAUCCCACUGCACUUUAGCUGCUGGCUGGUGUCCUGGUUUGCUCGGCGAGGUCUACACCUUUGAUUCCGGCCACCCUGGCAUCCACGGCGGGGGCUACGAGGAGGACCCGGCCUUCCACUGCGACGUUGGGAGCCCUGACGACUACCACUGCGAGGCCGGAUUCGAGGACAGGACUGAGUGUGUGAGUGCUAGGGGGCCCGCCUUGCCACAGUCCCGGCUGAGCGCCAAGGCCAAAAAGCGGAGAAAGCAGAAACUGCAGAAGGCUGCUAAGAAAAAGGGCGGGGCCGGCGGCUCUCAAGGGCAGGCUGGCACCUGGAAGCUUGUGCAGCGCAAGCCUAGCCAGGCUGAAGAUUUCAUGCUUAGGCCUCAGGAUUGGAGUAGCCAACUCAUCUCCUUCGGGGACCUAGCCACUACUUUCGAGGCGGCCGACCCCAAGGGGUGCUUUGAGGCGGUCGUACAUUGCAAGGCGGCAGAGAUCUCGAUUGCCAAGCGGCUCCUCGGUGCCUCCAAUCGUGAGUAUUCCGUCCUCCUUGUGGCUGUUGACUUGACCAAGAAAGAGCUUGAGAAACACGAGCUAGCCAAGGAGGCGGGUGUCAAGCAAUCCAUUCCUGGGAAGAUCGGGUCCUUGAUUCGCUUUCGCGAGGGCUUGGCGGUUCAGCAUGCCACUGCGGGCAAAGGUCCUCCUCAGCCCAAGGGCAUCAAGGCACCGCUCAAGGUCGAAGCUCGAGAAACGGGUGUCCUCUUUGUGAAGGUGCCACAAGCGUACUGCUCCGCCGAUGUGUGGACAGGCUUCUUGCAACGGCCCAAAUCGGCUAUAGCCAGCUGGGCCGCGGGCCACCAUGUGCAGCUCACCGAUUCGUGGCAGUGGGCAGAGGAGAAGCUCUCCAAUGGAACAAGGCAGGUCUUUGGCAUCCUGAGGGCUCCGACCAGAGACCAUCCGACCUUGCUCGGCCUGGCUGGGCAUGGUGGCGUCUUCGUGUUUCCUCCUGGCAGCCAGAAGGAGAAGGUCACCAUCGAGUGGAUAGAUCGUGUUACCAAAGAGUCGGACCGGGAUUACUAUGCACGUGCCAUGCGAGCUCAAUCCAUUGGCCUGGCGGUUAGUGGGACUCGUCUUGGAUGGAAAAAGCCGAUCGACGAGAACACUCGCUUCUCCCGCAUAUGGAACCUCAAUGGCUGCCCAAAGCACUGGGACAUGAAGCAAGCCGCUGACAUCCUGGAUGGCUACUUCCACGAGGUCAAGCUCAUCAGGCAACAUGUUCGUGGCUCCGACAAGGUCUUCAUGUUUCGAGGAGCGGCCAAACCGGGCCCUGAUAGCGACCUUAUCCCGAUUGCCGCUCAGGAUGGUGACGAUGCUCGACUCAUGCUGUGGGCGGCCCUGGCUCCGCCUAAGCAGGAGCAAGUUCGCCAGAAGAAGCUUCGUGGUGGUGCUAUGCCGUUUGUCGCCGCCACUGUGGACCCCUUUGCUUCUGUCCCCGUCACCCGUGGCCGGGAGUCCGACGACAAUGGCGAUGCUCAAAUGGGCGAUGCGACUGGAUCCGCGGGCGCCACUCUUGAGGCCGAGGGGCAGGGCAACGAUGGCACGGAGGACCCGAAGGCCGAGGGAAACGACACCAAGCGAGCCAAGGUCUCGCGUAGGAGCAUCCCGACGGGAUGCACUCUGGUCACCGUCCCGAAGGACGGGAAUUGUUUGUAUCACGCCUUCGGCGAGGCCUACCGUUGUGCUAAAGGUCAAAAAACUGCCAUCAACCACUGGGACCUCCGCGCUCGUGUCGCGGACCACUUGGAACGACACGAAGAGGACUAUCAGCCCGCCUGGGCUGCAGACGGCAGCCCAGGCCCUGAUGGCAAACCGGUUGAGGACUGGAAGACCUUUAUCCAGGAGAUCACAAAGCCGGGCAAAUACAGUGGCGAGACGGAAUUGCGUGCACUUUGCAAGCUCUUUUCCACCCGCAUCGUGCUCAUACCGGCAGACGACAGAUGGGCGGUGUGCAGCUAUGGGAAGAAGAAGUACCAGGACCUUGGUGCCAUCUUUUUCGCCGACAAGCACUUCGACUACCUCAAACCGGACUCGGGGAAGUACCCUAAAGAAGUAGCUUCGGUGGACGCGGAUCCCAAUGGUGGGUUCUUGGUUGGAGGGAUCAGUGAAGCAUGCAGUGACUCGAGUGGGCCCUCUGCUGCUGUGCCCCGUGCUCGUGGAGUUUCUCAGGCUGCCACUUCGGUAACCAGCCACUCUCGGCGACGAGGCCAGCUCACCAAAGUCGCCAAGACAGCUCCCUCUUCGCGUGGUAAGGGUCGCGGCAUCUCUGUGGCCAAGACGGCCACGACAGUGCGCAAAGGCCCCACCCAGGCGGAGCUCCAGGCUCUUGAGGACUGUAUUGGAGCCAAGCCUCGCCGUGGCCAAGGGCGGCCAAAGCUGUGUCAGUGGAUCCAAGGUGGCUGUGCUCGUUGCAGGCUCUGCCCCUUCACUUACAAGACCGAAGAUGAGACGAUCGCCAGGCACCGCAUGGCGGCUCAUUUCAAGUCGCAGCAUCGCGGCCAAACUCCUUCUGGAGUUGCCAACUACCAUGCGCAAAUGCCCAGCACCGUCGUUGAGGUCUCCGCUGAUCAGGACCUCGCUUGGCGUUGCAAUUUCUGCUCCUAUGGCAUCACCAGUGAGCAGGCCGCUAUCGCUUGCAUCGAGCGCAUGGCUCGCGACAAGAACCUCCACAAACGUACCUUCCAUCCGAGGUUGUCGUGGAAAAAGUGGCGAGGAGCUGAUUAUAGUGCCAGAGUCAUGGCUAGUUCCGCUACGCGGCACAAGACUCUUCUUCGGCAGCACUCCAAGGAUCAUCCUGAGCUUCUUAAGCACUUUGAAUUUUUUAGGUGGCCCCAGUUUGUCGGCAAGCAGAUUGCGGGCAAGAGGGCCAAUCCCAUCCGAUACCCGCCAGCUUGGGCCUGCAAGUCAUGUUUUGCCCCUUGCCGCACAAACGCUCUGGCAAAGCAGCAUCUUAAGGACAAGUGCUCGCAUGGACCCCGACCGAGUCAGGUGAAGGCCCUUGUCAGGCUCCGUCUCCAGAAUCUCGACAAGGACAAGGCCCGGCUUCUUGCGAGUAAGGUCGGUGGUGCUUCGAGGGAUAAGGGUCUUGCGCUUUUCGACGUUGCGAAGGCCAUUCUGGCCAAGCCCGGCUCGCCGCCUCUCCUUGAUGCCUGGCAGAUUUCCCUGGUCUCUGUUAGUGAGGUGGAUGUGAACAUUGAUUCGAGGGCCUCUUGGGCCAAGGAGUGGAAGCGGCACGGCUGGCAUGUCCAGCUUAGUCUCCCUGAACAAGGUGUUUGUAGGGUUGCUCUGCUCAGCAAGAUUCCUCUAAAAGCUGUCAAGUUGUGCGAGGCUGACGGCUUGUCACGACACGCGGCUGCCUUUAUUGAUUUGCAGGUCGCUGGCAGGACCAUGUCGGUGCUGUGUGUUGCGGUCUACUUGCAGAGCGGGCAGGUCGCCACAGCAGAUGCCCAGGCUCGGGAUAUUUUGGUCUCGGCCGAUUACUCUGGCCGGCCGUCCCUUCUCUUUGGCGACUGGAAUACCGCGCAGGAGGAGGGCUGCAUUGCUGAAACCAUCCAACGUGGUGUCUGUCGUGCCUGUGACGAGGCAGCUCGAGGAGAACCGCUUCCCCUUACUGGCCCUAAACACAAUGGCGCCUCCCGGCGGCGGCGAAUCGACUACGGCCUCACCAUGCGCGACUUUGUGGCGGUGAAGGUCUUACAUGUGCCGGAGGCCGAGGUUGGCUCCCUUUCCGACCAUCGUGUUGUGGUGUACCAGUUUGACGGGAAUGCGCCAAGUACUUUGGUCACUCCUCCUCGGCGACGGGCUCCCCUUGAGGAUCCUUGUGGCGCCGACUUCUCUUUCACUGUGGCGGAGGAGAGGCAUUUCCAGGACCUUCUUGACAAGGACUUGGACCAAGCCUGGACCUUCAUGUCGGACUACGCCGAGGACCUCCUCUACCAGCCGGCUGCUGCGGGUCAGGUGCCUCGGUCUGCGGACUGGGCCCCUCGGCCCCCUAAACGACGCAAGGACACGGACCAUGACUUGGAUCAGUCGCCUGGGCUCCGUACCUUACGACGGCUGCUUCGCCAGCUCCAGCUUUGUGUUCUUCGGCCGUGGGAUCGCCCUCUGACUAAGGCUUGCCAAGCUACGUGCGCCCGGGCUCGCUCUUUCUUUCCUGACCUUCCACGGCUACAGUGUGGCGAGGAGGAGGCGGUGAGGCUCGUUGAGUCCCGAGUGGCUGCGGUGCACAAGGUGGAGCGUGGUCUUCACCUUCGUAGAUGGCAAGAUCGCAUGAAUCAGGACCUCAGGACUGUUCGCUCCUAUGUCAAACGUCGUGCUGAUGAGCAGCUUGCGUGGGAAGAGGACCCCGAGGACAUCUCGACUGCCUCUGGCGGGUGGCACCCUGCCAUUGCAGUGAAGGAGCAGGCUGAUGACUGGCUCCGUCAAUGGCAAGCUCCUUUUGCUGGCAACCUCAAUGCCAUCGAUAAUGUUCUGAGCGAAAUCCCUCGCCCUCCUGCACAGGACCUUCACCUUGUCAUCGAAGCCGAGGCUCUGAUGUGUGCGACUUCUGUGAUGCGUGGAAAGGCGGGUGGAGCCGACGGUUGGCUUCCCUCGGACCUUUUGCAGCUCCCGAUUGCUUGGUUUCGCUGGGCCGCCGCACUCUGGAACCGGAUUCUUGCUACCGGCAAGGUUCCUGCCCAAUGGCGCAAGGCCCGGGUCACCCUCCUGUGGAAAAAGCGCAGACGAACCCGACCGAUCACUUUGUUGUGCAGUCUUUGGAGGGCUGGGGCCAGGGUCAUUCAGACCCAACUGGGCCCAUGGGUGGCUAGCUGGGCAGACCAUACUGCUGCUGGCGGCCUUCCUGGGACGAGUGUCCAGGCCGCCCUUAUGCAGAUCCGAAAGGCCAUGACCGAUGGUGCCGUGGCGUUCAUCCAAUCCGACAUCAAAAGCUACUUCGACAGCAUCCACAUCGGUGCUCUGCAGCGGGCUCUUACCCAUAUGCGCUUCCCUCAGCCGGUGCUUGCGGUGUUGACCGACUUCUACAACGGCGCCGAGAGAAUCUUCUCUUUGUCGGGAUCCCUCAACCCUUCCUGGAGCAGUGUUUCUUCAGGGAUCGCUCAGGGCUGCCCCCUGUCUCCUGUCAUUGCGGCUUUACUUUCGUACCUUUGGUCUACCUUUGUGAUCGGCAAUUCUUCGCGCUCCCUCGGCGCUUUGGCUUACAUCGAUGACCGCACGGUCUGGGCCAAGGCUGGGGCUCCGACUGACUCCCUUCGGGAUGCCAUGGCAAGGUCCUCUGCCUAUGAUCGUGCCUUUGGUUUGCGACUCUCGGUUGACAAAUGCUCCGUCGUGGCCCCAACUCUAGGUCCCGAACUCCGGGCCCUAGCUGCUGAGCUUGAGUUCCAGGUGAUGCCCGACCUCGAGAUCCUUGGAGUCAGGGCUACUUUUCGGGGUGAGUGGACUCUCCUGAAAUAUCAUGCUCGGAAGGCUAUCCUUCGUGCCAGGCUUCUUGGGUGGUGUACGCGUAACACUGAUCACCAAAAGUUCUUGCUGGCCUCGUUGGUAGUCCCGCCUUUUGCGUGGGCCUCCGGCUUUGCGAGGUGUGACCGUGACGACCUGACCGCCAUCAAAGCUGACAUUGAGAACGUUUUCAACCAUGGCUUCACGGCUGGGUUUGCGAAGGUGUGCCUUUAUGAGGCAAUUGGCUGGAACCUGCAACCGGACUUUGCAUGCGACCUCGGCGCCCUUCGUGUUCUAUGGAAGGCCAGCAUCCAACAACCUCGUUGGCUCGACACUGUUGCUUUAAGUGAGGCCCGUUUUCGAUGGAGGACCAUGCUACCGGAACUCCCUGAGGUUCUCCGGAAGCUUGAUUGGAAGGUUGAUUUUGCUUCAACUGAGGUGUGCAGAACUGACCGAUCUGGCCGGGUGCGCACUCUCCGACCGGGCAUUGAUGGUUUUUGUGUUGUGAAAGACUGGCUCGUGCAGCACUUUAGGCAACUGUAUGUUGCCCGCACUGGCCGAGUUCAACGCAGACUCCAUCGCGACGACGAAAGCCUUGCGGUUGGCCUUGAUCUGCCAGCGCCUGGGAGGCAUCAGGAUUACUAUUUUGAUGGCCUCCACACAGCGAUCUCCAUGGGCCUCCGCAGUGUCACUCUUUCGGCUUUGGGUGCGGGCAGCUCGUGCUGGCAUUUCAAUGCUGGGGGCAACUUUGAUGCCACCCAUGAUCGCUGGCGCUGCCUGUGUGGUCUUCGGGCUCCUUCUAGGGCCCAUCUUUUGUGGAACUGUGAGAAAACUGCCACACUUCGGGAGGGUCUGCAGUUGCCGGUCGACAGGUGCGAAGAAAGACUCCUCCUUCGGGGGGCCCCGGAACAACCUCCGCCUCCACCAGCUGUUGCUCCGCAGGAGUGCUUUGACGACCUCGUUGAGGCCAUUGACACCCAGCUCUCCCUGGACCCUGCGGUUCUCUUCGUCGCAACCGACGGCUCCGAGGACAAAAAAGUCGGCGCCUUCGCUGUGGCAGUUCACCCGGGCGACUUCGUGUGUGCUUUGGGCACGGCCGAUGAAGACCAGUCGCCCUUCAAGCAGGAGCUCCUCGGCUUUGAACUCGCUGCCAAGGCGGUUCUUAAAGUUGCUGCUCGCUCCUUGUGGGCUCGACGUGUUGUCUUUGUCCUCGACUGCCAGUCGGCCCUUACCCUCGUUCUGCAGAAAGGUGACAGCUUUUGCUACUACCUGAAGAUUGUUGACUCGAUCAAGGCUUCUCUUCGGGCUCUUCGUGGUCAUGGAGUGGCCGUCACGUGUGUUUGGGUCCCAAGCCACGGGAAGCGACCAGGAUGGCAUGCUCCUCCUGGCCUUUGUGGCGACCUUCUCCGCAAGCUCAACGCCUCCGCCGACGAGGCUGCUGGAGCAUGCCGCCUUCGCAGGUUCUCUGGUGGCGCCAUCGAGGCCUGGUGGCUGCAUCGCAAUGAUGCCAGGUUUUGGGAACUUCGUGCCAUUCAGGCUUCUGCUGCUUCUGGUGAGGCUCUCCAUCGUGAGCUCCGUCGGCAUGGACUUCGUCCCCGUGAGCGGGCUCCCGAUGAUGGGGCUGUGGUGCCACCUCUGGGCUCUGACUUCGGUGGCGCUGACCCUUCACUGGCUGCUGGCGGCCAGUCCUCCUGA